GGAGGAUUCGGAAUGCUUCGCAGACAUUCUACGCCUACUGUAAAUUUCAACAGGCCUUGGUCAGAUUAUAAAAUGGGAUUUGGAAACAUGCCCAUCGAGUACUGGUUAGGACUCGACAACAUUCAUUUUCUUACCCAAGAUUACACAUACCGUUUAACUACGUCUGUAUUCCUCCAGAAUGGUACGAAGCUUCGAUCUCGUCAGCGCGAUUUUCAAGUGGGUAACGAAUCAACAUUAUAUAAAAUGACCUUCACAAAUUCUCUUACGGGAGAGAACGAUACUCUUGGAGAUUGCAUGGAGGAAAUGAAGAAUCAACCCUUCUCGACAUAUGAUAACGAUAAUGACAAUGACGCGAAUGUAAAUUGUGCCCAGGAGUAUCAUGGUGGGUACUGGUUUGACGCAUGCUCUUCAUGCAACCCAACAGGGGAGAUGAUUAGACCAGCUUCCGGUUACCUACUGAAUCAGACAUCUGAAGUAUUUUGGAAGAAAAAUCUUGGGGAUCUGGCACCAUAUAAUUUGCGUCAGAAUCUAGUUUAA